GUGUGUCAACAUGUUUUUAUUAUCACUUCUGACAGAAAAUGAGUUAGGAUUUCUUAAGUGCUACGUUUUAUUAAAAAAAAUAUUGUUAUUACAAACCUUCAAAGUAUCACCAUUUACCGAAACACAUUUUUGUAACAUUUAUGCCCAAUCGCGAAAAGCAGAUAAAUAGUCUUCUGUUUGAGAUACUGAUAAAUGAGCACAUGAGAUACAGAGAACGUCUGGACUUAUAUUUUUUCCAGAAAGCAUUUUCUUAAGUCUUGGAAAUAAAAAAGGUCACAGGGACUCAGGUCAGGUGAAUAAGGUGGAUGAUUUACAACCACAUUUUCAGAAGCCAAAAACGACGUAACAACAUCGCACUUGUUAGAGAAGGCGUUGUCGUGUAAAAGAUGGACUCCUGACCAUCAUUUGCUUGGACGUUUCUUAUUGUAGAAUCGUCCAGUGACUGUAUGACCUGAUAGACAAGGCGGCACUUGAACGACUGGCCCACCACUAGAAUUGAAGAAAAUUGCGUACAUCAUCUUUUUCGAACUUAUGGUUCUCUUGGCAAUACAGGGCGUUUUUGAUCUUUUCGCUUCCAUUGCUUUUAAUCAGGUCUUCUCUAUGGCUCAAACAUUUGCACCCCGGUUUCGUCUAUACUAGCAAGUUAUAAAUAACCCGACUAUCGCAGCCUUUGUACGUUUUCAAAAAUUCCCGGGCACACUUAAGGCGUUGUUUCGUUUGCUCAUCAGUGAGCAAAUGAGGUACCCACCUAGCGCAAACCACGCUUUUUCAGAAUUGUUUACACACUGCCUUCUGAUAGGACAGUACAACUGGCUACAUCUUUCAGCGACAAUCGCGCAUCCUGUUUGACCACAGUUUUUAUAGCAGGGAUGUUUGCCUUGGCAACAGAGGUUUUAGUCCUACCAGAACAGGUACAGAUUCCAGUGGAUAAUAUUGGUGGAGGAGCGGGGGCUGAUUUAAGUGCUGAUGACUGGGAGAAAAUCAAAAAGGUGCGCAAGUUGCGUGAAUUAUGGCAUGGACGUUUCACAAACAGGAAUUUGACAACGUUACUGAAACACCAUGACUGGGAUGAAAACGCUACAAACUUGUUCAUCUUAGAUGCUUUACCUGAUGAGCUCAGAGACGUUCUCGGUGAGGAUGACUGGCAAGUUGUUGAGAAUGUCCGUCGAAACAACGUCCUUCGCGACUUGGCGAGACUAAAUCGUAUUGGUCAUGAAGUCCGACAGUAUGGGUGUAAACAAGACGACAACAUGUGGUGGAGACGCGUGCCAUCACGAAAACCCGUUUCGAAAUGUAAACGAUGUAAACAGAAAUACGAGCCUAUACCACGUGAACAAGAAUGGGGUUGGGCUAGGUUUGAAUGUGUGUGCGGCCAUAAAUUCAAUGCUUUCGCAAUGAUGGACAGAAGCCUGCUCGGGCCUCGAUACACAGGGAAAAGUCAAAGUUUGUGUUACCGCUGCAUGUCUCAGAUAUGCGAGCCAAUACAUUUUCUUCCACCCACAAAACACAAAAAGAACGAGCGUGAACCGGGUGACGGGCAAGACCAGAGACGCCGACCGAGGAGAUACGCACACAGAUGCACAGCGCCAAACUGUUUCAACAGAUAUAUGCCUGAUCCAAGAAGUAAUGAACCACUAAUUACGAUCUGUGUGCAUCCUAAUUCCCUGAAAGAUAAGGUGCACGGAUUUGGCAGUGAUCGUCAUGUCAGUAAAGGAUCAACAGUGAAAACAUUCCUGUCUCAAGACGAUAUAGACUCAUGUUAUGGGCCCAGUCUUGCUGACAUUGACGAGAUUGACAUUGAUGACGGCGAUAAUCUUUAACAUUUCUAAUGCAUACGAUUGUAAGACAGUGUCUUUUAGCUGGACUAUUUUGAAAUUUCUUCAACAGUAGAGUUUUUGCACAAUUAAACCCGUACGUCGGCGACAGAGUUUGCGUCCGUGUCCCGAUUUGGUUAAGUUUUUGAAUGUAAGCUGGUAUCUUGGUUGCCACUGAACUCAAACUUUUCACACUUGUAAGUACAGUGCACAGGUUCCAUAAUUCUGUUUUGCAGUUUUACAAAGUUAUGCCCCUUUGCAGCUUAAGUUUCUGUGUAUAAGCUUGUGUCUCAGUAACCACUAUUGGGAACAAAUUGAAACUUCACAAACCUGUUCAUUCUGAUGAUUUGACAUAUUAGGCAUGGGUCGCAUGAUUAUAUUUUGCAUUUGGAAAUGUUAUGCACCUUUUCGAAAUGGCAAUUUAUGUGCCCCCACCCUAAAGGCGCGCCAUAUAGUCAGUGGACCGUCCGUCUGUUCAUCUGCUCUCCCGGUUUCCAAUCGAGCACUGGUGCAGUAAUCCUCAACGUGGUAAGCAUGUUAGUCGUGACCGGCAGAUGAUCCAUAACUUAAUAACUGAAGAAUGCUUUGGCCUACAGCCGUCAAACUUCAUAGGAUGAUUUCCUAUGGUCAGUUGAUCACUAUUUCUAAGGUGUCUGUCAAAGGUCAAGGUUACAGUGACCUUCAGCUGAAAAUCGGUUUCUGAUUAUAACUGAAGAAUGCUUUGGCCUGGUGGUCAAACUUCCUAAGAUGCUAGCCUAUGGUCAGUAGAUGACCCCUAUUGUUUUGGGCGUUAUUAGGUUAAACGUCAAGAAGGUUAAAGUGACCUUGAAUCUGAAAACGUUUUACGCCCGAUAACUAAAGUAAGCCUUGGUCUACAGCAUUUAUAAAUAUAAAAUAAUUGCCUUUGGUCAGUAGAUGAUCUCCGAUGUUUUGGGGGACCGUAAGUAAAAUGUCAAGGUUUCAGUUACCUCAAGACUGUGAGUGGUUUCUGCUCAGUUACAUAAGGACACUAAGAAGCCUAAUUACCUGCAGUCAGUAGGUGACCCCUACUGUUUUGGGGUUCAGUAGGUCAAAUGUCACAAUAACCUUGAUACUGAAAACAGCUCUAUACCUUAAGAUUGCAUGCGGUAAGUAGAUGAUCCUUAUUGUGUUGGGGUCAGUAGGUCGAAGGGCAAGGUCACAGUGAUCUCUGGACUGAAAAUGGGACAUCUAAGUCAUCAUGGGGGUCAAUCGUAUUUUACAAACAGCCUUUGUUUGAUUAGUUUUUAUGUAAGCUGGUACCUUGAUAACCAUUUUAGGAAUGAACUAUAACUUGAUGCACCAGCACAUUAUGACGAUUUGACAGACAGUGCAUAUGAUCCAUAACCCUAUUUACAUGUAUAUAUUUUUACAAAGUUAUGUUCCUUUUUUCGACUUAGCAAAUUUUAUUUUUUUUGUAUGUAAGCUUGUAUCUUAAUAACUAUUUGUGGCAAUGGAUUUAUACUUCACACGCCUCCUAACCGUGAUAAAGUGACAUGCAAUGCUCAGAUAACAUAACCUGCUUUUUCUUUUUCACAAAAUUGUGCCCUUUUUACCGUUGUAUUCAUUCAUUUAACCAGUUUUUAGUGACAAGGCACAAGUCAAGCACUGCUUUUUCCCAACAGUUUUUUUAACAUAUUUUACAAAAAAUGUUCUUCCUUAUUUUUCAAAAAAAGACCCAAACAAAAGCUAACAACCUAUUUAUGAAAUCGUAUCAGUUUGGUGCUGGAUAAUCAAACAAGAUUUUGCCAAAAGAUUCAUCAAGACUCCAAGUCUUUUGAGUGCAAAUAAGCUUAAUCAAGUAAAACAGUAAGUAAUUCCAGUUUUAAAAUGUUUGGUUCUUAACCAUUGAAAUUCAGAAUGUCUGAACAAGGUUCUAGAAGAUAUGAUCAAGAUGUGACUGUUACAAUGUAGGUGGUUUUCUAAAAAAUGUAUGUUAUCCAUAUCAUUAGCACAUUAUUUAAAGAUUAUAUUACAAGAAAUCACGCAAGCAUUAAGUACUUCUGCGGAAAAGGUCAACAUUUUGCAUAAAUAUGUAUAUUCCUUUCAAUAGUUAAAAAAACAAACAAUUUCUUGGUGGCAUCAUCUUCAAAACCCAUUUGUUUAACUCUUACAUAACACCCGGAUGAUAAGGUAUUCCUAGUUUCUUAUUACAUUGUAUAUAGACUACAUGAAGCCAAAAUUUUGGUCACAUCUAAUCAAUUUGCCUUAAAAUUAUAAACUUGUGUUAUAUUUCUGUUAUAAUGGAAUGACGUUUUUUACCCCAUAUUUGUAGAUUUCGAUGUCUAGAUAUUAAGUUAAUAUUGUAAAAAAUAGAUGAAAUGAAGAUCCAUUUAUCUUGAUUUGGCUUCCGAUAUUUUAGUAAUAGGUUCACUCGUUACUAUGCCAUCCUGAAUUUUGUUUUGAUAUCUUCCAGAAAUUUAGACUGUGAUAUUCUUGUGUCUAGAUUAAAAAUGUUUUGUUUAUGUAACAUACAUAUAAAGUAAAAUGUAUAUUUUGAUAUCUUCCAGAAAAUUAGACUGUGAUAUUCUUGUGUCUAGAUUAAAAAUGUUUUGUUUAUGUAACAUACAUAUAAAGUAAAAUGUAUAUUUUGAUAUCUUCCAGAAAAUUAGACUGUGAUAUUCUUGUGUCUAGAUUAAAAAUGUUUUGUUUAUGUAACAUACAUAUAAUUAAAAGUUAAAUGUAUAUUUUGAUAUCUUCCAGAAAAUGAGACUGUGAUAUUCGUGUGUCUAGAUUAAAAAUGUUUUGUUUAUGUAACAUAAAUACAAAGUAAAAUGUAUAUUUUGAUAUCUUCCAGAAAAUUAGAAUGUGAUAUUCUUGUGUCUAGAUUAUAAAUGUUUUGUUUAUGUAACAUACAUAUAAAGUAAAAUGUAUAUUUUGAUAUCUUCCAGAAAAUUAGACUGUGAUAUUCUUGUGUCUAGAUUAAAAAUGUUUUGUUUAUGUAACAUACAUAUAAAGUAAAAUGUAUAUUUUGAUAUCUUCCAGAAAAUUAGACUGUGAUAUUCUUGUGUCUAGAUUAAAAAUGUUUUGUUUAUGUAACAUACAUAUAAAGUAAAAUGUAUAUUUUGAUAUCUUCCAGAAAAUUAGACUGCGAUACUCUUGUGUCUAGAUUAAAAUGUUUUGUUUAUGUAACAUAUAUAUAAAGUUAAAUGUAUAGUUUGAUAUUUUCCAGAAAAUUAGAAUGUGAUAUUCUUGUGUCUAGAUUAAAGUGUUUUGUUUAUGUAACAUACAUGUAAAGUAAAAUGUAUAUUUUGAUAUCUUCCAGAAAAUUAGACUGUGAUAUUCUUGUGUCUAGAUUAAAAAUGUUUUGUUUAUGUAACAUACAUACAAAGUAAAAUGUAUAUUUUGAUAUCUUCCAGAAAAUUAGACUUUACCAUUCUUGUGUCUAGAUUAAAAAUGUUUUGUUUAUGUAACAUACAUAGAAAGUAAAAGGUAUAUUUUGAAAUCUUCCAGAAAAUUAGACUGUGAUAUUCUUGUGUCUAGAUUAAAAAUAUUUUGUUUAUGUAACAUACAUAUAAAGUAAAAUGUAUAUUUUGAAAUCUUCCAGAAAACUAGACUGUGAUAUUCUUGUGUCUAGAUUAAAAAAUGUUUUGUUUAUGUAACAUACAUUUAAAGUAAAAUGUAUAUUUUGAUAUCUUCCAGAAAAUUAGACUGUGAUAUUCUUGUGUCUUGAUUAAAAAUGUUUUGUUUAUGUAACAUACAUAUAAAGUAAAAUGUAUAUUUUGAUAUCUUCCAGAAAAAUAGACUGUGAUAUUCUUGUGUCUAGAUUAAAAAUGUUUUGUUUAUGUAACAUACAUAUAAUUAAAAGUGAAAUGUAUAUUUUGAUAUCUUCCAGAAAAUGAGACUGUGAUAUUCGUGUGUCUAGAUUAAAAAUGUUUUGUUUAUGUAACAUAAAUACAAAGUAAAAUGUAUAUUUUGAUAUCUUCCAGAAAAUUAGAAUGUGAUAUUCUUGUGUCUAGAUUAAAAAAUGUUUUGUUUAUGUAACAUACAUUUAAAGUAAAAUGUAUAUUUUGAUAUCUUCCAGAAAAUUAGACUGUGAUAUUCUUGUGUCUAGAUUAAAAUGUUUUGUUUAAUGUAACAUACAUAUAAAGUAAAAUGUAUAUUUUGAUAUCUUCCAGAAAAUUAGACUGUGAUAUUCUUGUGUCUAGAUUAAGAUGUUUUGUUUAUGUAACAUAUAUAUAAAGUAAAAUGUAUACAUGUUGAGAAUGAAGUGUACUUAUCAUUUAAGAAAACUAGGCAGAUGCGAAGAUAGAUGUAAACACAUUUGUUAUGUAUACAUGUAAUUGAAGUGAACACAAUUGCCUCUCCUACAAUGUUCUUAAAGUGCAUUUGUUCUUCGUCAGUAAUUGACGCCAGUCCGCUUAGCUCAAUAGAGAGAAAACAGAUCUACGGAUCACUGGGUCGUGAGUCCGAUACUCUGGUGACGCGUAUGUUCUCUGUGACAAUUUUAUAAAAGACAUUGAAUAUCGAAUCAUUCGUCCUCUACCUCGGAUUCAUGUGGGGAAGUUGGCAGUUAAAGGCAGAGAAAAGGUUUGCACUGGCCUAAAAUCCAGGAUCAUUGAUUAGGUUAACUGCCCGUUGUUACAUAACUGAAAUACUGUUGAAAAACGGCGUUAAACCCAAAACAAACAGGCCAUCAGUAAAAUGUUUACUCAUCUCAAAACAAUGAACAUGUUUAAUAUGUAGAAAUACUGAACUGCCACAUUUUCCUAAAUUAUUAGUAAUAGAUGUUUCAUUACAAACAUGCGUAAGUAUUUUAUGUUUCUUUGGUUCGUUUCGAAACUCAAAACCUUAACGCCGCAUAUAAAUUGCCAGUCCAUCGUUUGUGCUAUAUGACCUGGCAAUUUCCAACAUUAUUAUUAUUAUUAUUAUUAUUAUACCAGAUUUAUAUAGCGCCCUUUUCAUGAUCAAUUUCACGUUCAAAGGCGCUUUACAUAGUUCAAAUGCAGCCACACAGGGCGCAUAAUUCAUCCUCUACUGGUACAGACACAGAGCGAUCUGACCAGAGGGACAGAGUGAGACAAAGCCCCCACGACAGAGAGAUCAGAAAUCAGACACAGGCUUGUCCGGCCAACUUAGCCUAGCUCGUUGCGAAUAGACAGCCUGGUUCUUUAACGUGCCUAGUGUAUAGCACUGAUACACGCAAGGAUAUACUAAAACAUACUAAACGCAGGGAUAUACUAAACAUACUAAAAUUAAAAAUUAAAAAUGCGGAAAUAAAUUUCUGAUGUCAUUUAAUAAAACAGUAAAUGAAUGGUUUGCCAAUCAGUAGUCAAAAACUAUUGGUAUUUGGUCUUUUGACAACAGUUUUGACUAUUGACAGGCAAGCCAUUUAAUUAGUGUUUAGUAUCUGACAACUCCUGCAACUGUUUUGUGUAUAAUGUGUUUAUUCAUGUCUGACUGUCGUAUAAAUGGACUCAUUUUUAGUUUAUAUUAUGAGUGUUAUCCAUUCAUAUUUGCUAUCAUGGUAAAUUGAUGUUUAAAGUUAUGUAUAAUGUUUCUAUUGCUGUAACUAUCCAACAAUAAAUUGUUUAU